GUCAAACUUGAGGCGAACCACAUGUGCAUAUCGGAGCGACCAUACAGGAGCCAACAGCAAAACAAUCUCUCUAUCAUCUGCAGCUGCCAUUUUGGAUCUGUAGAGGUGUGGUCAAGUCACAUAAUUGCAGCCACUGGUCUGACAGCAGCCUCGUCCGAGCUCCAGCGGAACUGCAGGAGUCAACUGGUGACAUCGAGCAAACGCCUUCGCAGCAAAAUGUCAGGCAUGAUCGAUCCCCAGAUCUUCGAACACCUCAAGUCGAAGAUCGACGAGGACACAAAGGCGCGCGAUGACCUCAAUGGGAUCAUUCAGAAGUUGGAGCGCAACGUGUCCUACACCCAAGGUAUCCUCUCGCGGGUGCACUCAACGCCGAGAUCUCACUACCCUACCCUCCUUUCCCAAGUCGAGGCUGCCAUCAGGGCUGAGGCCGAGGACAUUUCGCAGCUGAGCGAGGUUGCAUCUAAAUACCCUUACUACAAGUACAACAGCAAGUGGACCCGGUGCAUCCAGGAUGCGGCCUUCACGGUCCUUCUCCACGGCUGGUUGGGCGGGGGAAUUGUCCCCGAGGGCAGGUUAGGUCGACUUUUGACCCUUGAGGAGGUCGGAGAGCACGUCUUCCACGUCCCUGUGAACCUGAAAGACCGCGAUGCUUUCCACAUCACCAUCGAGGAGUACCUCCUGGCAGUCACAUGCUUGACGGACGAGCUGGCCCGCCUGGCCGUGAAUGCUGUGACCCUGGGAGACCACGAGCUCGCUGUCAAGAUCAGCAGCUUCGUCAAAGACAUACACGCCGGCUUUCAGUUGCUGAACCUGAAGAAUGACAUUCUGAGGAAGCGGGUGGAUAGUGUCAAGUAUGCAGUGAAGAAGGUCGAGGAUGUGGUCUACGAUCUUUCGUUGAGGAAUCUAAUCCCCACCUCUUGAAUCACAUGUUGAGCUGGUGAUGAGAAAAAGAGCCAAGAGGACCUGGAGGCGCACUUGGGCUUGGGAUGGCAUGCUUUGACAAUCCCACACAGGCCCUGAAGUGUCAACUUGGGCAUAUCGGGUCUAGGCCGUCAAAGAACUGGGGUCCAUGAGACCACGAAUGACUGCUCCCAAAUCUCAUACUCACUUCAAAAUGGACGGCCCAGUAGCUCGGAGGGAAUGAGGAGGCUCCAACCAUGUAGUAAUAGCAUCUUUGUUGCUAAAGAGAGUCCAAGUGUGCUAGCACAAGGGCUGAACUAAGUUAAGUCGUUAUUCAUUUGA